AUGCGGCGCUUAUCCAGCCCGCAUCUCCAGGAAGUCUUCCACCGCGCCAACGUCGACGACGACUUCUCUCCCCCAAACCAACUGUCUGAUACGAGCCCUCCUGCACAUCCAGCUCUGCCUUACACGUCCAGUAUCCUCACUGCGUUGCCCCAAACUCCGGCUGGCCUUGGACAAGCAUAUUGGCCUUCAGGAAAUGAGGACUUUCGAGUACGGCAUUUUCGCCGUGGGUCACAAGAAGAUCUUUCGAGUCGGUUCUAUGUCGCGGACCUGAUAAAGUCACGGAAGAGGUCGACUCGGAUGACGCGCUUCACCGCUCGGCCUCAGAUUCUGGUCUUCAUCGUCAAUGACAAGAACAUCGAUGUCUACCGUCGUAUCAAGAAGUCGUGCGAUGGCCGCUGCGCAGAUAUGCCUCAGUAG